AUGAUAGCUUUGAAAAGGUAUAUAUAUUUAGAAUCACUGUCAUUAUUCGUUUGUACCAUUACACCUUUUUUUUUAUUACACGACAAGGUUUAUGAGGCAAAAAGAGCAUCUUCAUUAAAACGCGGUGAAUUAAUGGAGUUGUUAGUUCAACGUGCCCGUUUUACACCUCUUUGGGUUAGUAAACCCGAUGAAUUCCCUCCGCCGCUGGUAGGAGCAAUUCCAGCUUCUGACUCAGAGGCUCUCCGAAUUGGGUGGGACGUUGCUGCGUUUGUGAAUAACAUUUGGAUGUUGGCAGAGGUCGUUGGCGUGUCUGCGUCAUCUGGGAGCUAUGAAGUAAGGGAUCUGGAUGAUGAGCAGAAAGACAAAAAAUACAGUGUUCGCAGAAGUCGAAUGAUUCCGCUCCCUCAUUGGAGGGCAGAUCCGCAGCGUGAUAGCCACGCGUUGUUUCCUGUAAAUGCUAUCGUGUUAGCACUUUAUCCUCAGACUACUUGCUUUUACAAGGGAGUGAUCGAACGUGUGCCGGAAACUGCAAAUGAUGGUUAUAUGGUUGCGUUUGAGGAUGCCCAGUUUCCUCAAGGGUACUCACCGCCGCUUCCUAUACCUCAGCGCUACGUUGUCGUCCAUAAAGUCCCGCGACCUUAUAAAAAAAAACGAAAGAAUGAGUACUGA